AUGCGUAAGGUCAGUGGACCACAGCGUGAUAGGAAUCGGCGUCAGGCCUGGCAAAGAGCCGCUCCUCGAGUACAAUUUUCUCGUCCGACCGAUGCCGUCUUUGCUAAGGCCGAGGACGCCUUUUUACAUCCCGAUAGGGAUGCCUUAGACAAGCGGUAUGCCGCCCUUGCGGCCGUGCCUCAACAAGUCUCGACCGAGCUCUGUCUGCCUAUGUGGGUACCUGCGCGCGAACUUUCAGCCACUUUUUCCGAUACGGAAACCUUGACUUCGCUCGGCUCGGCGACCCAAUAG